ACUUGGCCUCUUUCGGGCUGCUGCAGAAGACAAAUCGUCCACAAGUUUUUAUUUUUCGGGUCGGCACUACAAAUGAAACUGCCACGACGUGUGCCAUGGGCCCAUAUUAAUGAGCUCGAUCAGCUCUGUUCGUGGGUCUUCAUGGACGAGGGCGAUCUCGAGGCGAAACGGUUCGCAAUCAACAGAUUGUCGGCAUGGAGAGCUGUGACUGCAUUGCCUCAUGCGCUGGAGUCCACUCUAUCAAUCCUAACGGCCCGCUUGAUUGAUACUUCUGAAACGCAACAGAGCCCCUCCUGGUUGAGUCUAAGGCAGAACUAUGCUGCUGCGAUCAUCCGAAUGGUAAAUGGUCUCGUGGAUCCUUUACAAGCGGGAGCAUAUGCGAGAUCUAUAGCGUCUAUCGCCGCCCAACUAGGUUUACCUUCUUGGUUAGUGGAAUUGAGGCAUUCAGCCACGCACGAAGAUCUUCCCAGCCUUGAAGUGCUCAGGGAAGCAGCACGGGAGUCACUGACAUGGUUAUUGCACAAUUACUUUCUUCCCACUAUAAAUCCUUCAGCUCCUAGACCGAGUACGGCGCCACCUUUACGACCAGUCACUCCACUUUUAAAGCAAUACAAGACACUGCUGAAGAUCGUCACGCGUGAUGCUUCCCUCCGCAAACAAAAUCAACCUGAUAUCGAUGCUAUCAUGCGAGAUAUAGAGCGAUGGCUCGCGGAAGCCAAGCUGGCUGCAGAUUUUGCGGCUGAUGCAUACGGGUGGGAAACCAUUGAUGGCAAUGACGUCGAACAAGAGGAUUCUAGAGAAAAGUGGGCUCUAGAAAGACUUUGUGAUGCCUUGAUUGAGAAAGGUGCUCUCGUAUCUCUCUCACAAAAGAGGAGAAACUUUCCGUCUGACGAAUUUGUACCUCCUCACUCGUCGCUUGUGUUAUGGACUCCGUUGUUGGCACACACACACACAUAUCAUCCUACCUUCCCAUCUGUUCUAACCACUCGGAUUGUGGAAAAUCUUCUUUAUGAGCAGCCAAACUCAGGAUUUGACAUGGAUAUCGUUUCGUUAGAUGCAGACGAAUCGCAAAAUGACCCAUCGUAUCAUCUGGCUCUCGCGAAAUGGGCUGUGUGGGUUAUCAAGGCAUAUGACAAUGGUCAAGAAAACGGGGAGUUGAGCCUCAGAAAGAAUGUAAUUGUUCAACUAGCUUCUACCCUUGCUCCGGGUAAGACAGAAGGGGCAAAGAAGAUCGAUGUGUUGGCUGCUCUCCUCGGGGCGGUGAGCUCGGGCUUCACGGAACUGCAGACAGCAUCCGACAUACUUCUCUCUGCCACGCAUCCGUUACAACCGCAGCAUUGGGAUGCGGGUGAUCUGACGGUGAUGAAUGAGCGGCUUCAUUCUCUGAUGUCUCUUGAUGGUGAAUGUCAAAAAAGCACAAAUGAUCCAGAUUCAGCGCCCACUACAUUAUUACCGGUGCAAGGUGCAAAUAUAGGCGGGUGGAGAUUGCUGGACCAUCACAGCGGCUGGAAGUCGUGUCCUAUAGGCAUUUACUAUUCAAAUCAUGCAAUGUCAAUAGUGUAGACAAUUAAAUGUUCCUUGCGUAACUAUCGUCACAUGGCCCGUCCGAGUCACAGUCACGCCA